CACGUCUCUACAACGCCACGUAGAGUUAAAAAGAAUUUUUUCAACCAUGUAUUGAGUACUAAAGUCCCUUGAGUAAUGAAACGCAAUAUAUAUCGAUAACUUUUGUGCUAGUGAACGCUUGAUACGAAACAGUUUUAAUAGAAAUCCCCAAAGGGUUCAAUCACCAACGCGUUUUUUCAUCGUUUUUACUUCAGUGCGUAUUCAGUUCGUCACUUAACCAUGCCACCAGACGAUUGUUUAAUUCAGUUACUACAAAACGAAUUAUUAUUCAGUGAAAUCAACAAUGAGAACAAAAAUAACGGGAUUUUCGACGACUUUGACUUCCAAAACGAACUUAUCUUCCCAGAACAACCCGUAAGUUUAAACAACACAGUUCAGGAAUGCCAAGAACUUCAAUCGAUAGACCAUAAUCUUUUUCAAAAUGAUAUUAAUUUUUUUAACCCGGAAACUAUUGUUGAUAUGGAUUUUAAUUCGUACGAAAAUAUCGAUAUCGAUCAACUUUUUGGACACCAUUUCGAAACAUUUGCAAAUAAUCAAGACGACAAACACAUACAAAUUGAAAACAUGCAAAUGGAAGAUGUUCAAAAUCAAGAUUUUCAAAUUAAAGACAAUUCAAUCAAAGAUAAUUUAAUUACUUCGUCUGACUUAAUUAAUUUAUUCCCUCAUAUUUGCGAAGAAAAAAAUCGCAGAAGAAGAUCGUUACUUUUUGAAAGUACAUUUAAUCCAAAAAAUAACAAAAAAGAAGAAAUAAAAAAUGUUUAUACUAAACGAAUCGAUCCUUUAUUAAGUCAUGAUUAUGCUCAAAGGAGAAACGAUGAAGAUAAAUACUUUCCAUGCCCGGAAAGAAGUUGUGAAAAAGUUUACGCGAAGUCAUCACAUUUAAAAGCUCAUUUAAGAAGACAUUCAGGGGAAAAACCGUUUGCUUGUAACUGGCAAAAUUGUAAUUGGAAGUUUUCGAGAUCCGACGAAUUGGCUCGCCAUAAACGAUCGCAUUCGGGAAUAAAACCUUAUAAGUGUGAACUUUGUGAGAAAGCCUUCGCCCGAUCCGACCAUUUGGCCAAACAUGUUAAAGUUCAUCGCAAAAAAAUGGCACAAUUUGGUGAUUAUUACAUCAAAAAAAGAGUUGUUAAAAAUUAGAUAAUACAAACAUUUAUUAUUAAUAACG